CUUGCUUACAUUGAAUGGUUCACCCCGUUUUCUUCAAUGCCGGACUCGCGUCAUGGUAUGUACAAAAUUUCUCGUUUCAUUCGUUCGGGCGAGAGAGUUGCUAGCAUAAUCCCUGUUUCGAACAUUGCUCGCAGUGUGCAUCUUAUACCAAAGUUUGGACCAGUCGCACCUCGUCACUGGACAAGCAACACUGUCCUCGAAGAAUGUGAUACUUUUUUCGUUAAUUGUUAUAUUGAUAGGCAUAGUUUUGUGGCCCUUAGAUAG